AUGGAUUCUAAGAUAUUAGAGCUUGUCAAAUGCAUUGCAAAAUAUAUGAUCAACUCUAAUGAAGCGAAUGGAGAGUUUUCAUUCACUAAAAUUUACAAUUUCGCAGAAAAAAAUUCUCCUGAUAAUAUUAAAGUGACAAUAUCAGACGUUUUUAAUGCUCUUUGCUUACCAUAUGAGAGUACAUUACUAUUCGAACUAACAAAAUCAGAUAUUGAUGACUUUUACUUCAAAUUAAAGUUAUCUGCUCAAGAUACAAUGAAUUUAAUUGACAGUAUCGAGCCUGUUGUGCAGCAACAACCACAGCAAGUUAAUUAUCCAACUUCACCGAUUGCAAUACCAAAAUUUACAGAUUUAAUGCUAGAUAUGGAAAAUAUUACCCGCAAAAAGCAAAUAUUACUUAGCAAAAACGAAAUGCUCGCUAAAGAAUACAAUGAAGCGCAUGUUCAACAUUUAUCCUUAUCAAACCCAACAACAAUGAAGCAGCAGAUUAAGAAUUGUCAAGAAUUGAUCAAUAGACUUACACCAAAUGCAGAUGGACAGAAUUUUCCAAAUUGA